UAGAUAAGCUUACUUACCAUCCUGGUCGAGUACGCAGCGCCAAUUACGAAACGGCAGCUCUACUUCAUUUCCCUUGCUUUAGUUGUUCCUCCCAACUGCUUCUUCUCCCCUCCAUCGCUCUUUCAAAACCCUAGAAACUGAACUAGUGGUUCAUGCACAGCGUGAUCUACCAGAUGAACGGUCUGGAUUGCAGCGCCAUGCUGUACGAAGGAGACGGCGCGACAGCGGAUAGUUUUCCAUCCAUCUCACCGAUCCCCGAAUUGAUAUCUCUCGGUCAAAGUAAUCAAAACCAGUUCCAAAAUCUGACUUAGCUGCAGCUGCUAAAAUGCAUGGUGGAGCCUCUUGAAUUCAAAGCAAAGCAGAUGUUCAACGAAAUGCCGCACCCAGAUUUGUUUCGCACUACAUCGAAUAUUGUCUCUCUUGCACAAUCAGGCAUGAUCGCCACAGCGAGGAGACUGUUCGACGAAAUGCCUCAGAGAGAUAUAAUCACUUGGAACGCAAUGCUUACAAGCUACUCUCGACUGGGUCUUUCUCAAGAAGCCCUGUCUGUGUUUUCUGACAUGAGAAUUGCAGGCAUGAAUCCUGAUGCUUUCUCUUUCACCGCAGCCUUGCACGUGUCAGCUGAUGCUGGCAGUCUUAGCCGUGGACGGAAAUUCCAUGCGCUCGUUGUCAGUUUUGGAUUUCAAUGUUUUUUGCCCGUUUGCAAUUCACUUAUAGAUAUGUAUGGAAAGUGUUCAUCUCCUUCCGAUGCUUAUAGAGUGUUCAAUGAGAUGGGCACACGAAAUGAAGUUUCAUGGUGCUCUCUCAUGUACUCUUACGUGAAAAGGGGGCAGUUUGAGAAUGCACAUCGAGUGUUUGAUCAAAUGCCCGUUCAAAAUCAAGUCGCACGCAAUAUAUUGAUGACAGGCUAUAGUCAACAUGGAGAAAUCGAUUCGUGCAUGCAUUUGUUCAAAUUGAUGCAAAUAGGCGGUUGUGGAGGGGAUUUGUGGACAUUUGCCGGACUCAUGAAUGCAUACGCUGAGUCAUCUGAAUUUUCCUAUGGGCGUGUGAUCCAUGCGUGCAUUGUUAAAAGUGGUUGGAGCUCAGCAGCGGAGGUUAAUAACUCGAUUCUGAGCUUCUACGCUAAACUAGGCUGUCACGAGGAUGCUGUUAAGAUCUUUAAUUUGAUCAAGAUUAAAACCCAAGUGUCAUGGAAUGCCAUGAUAGAUGCCCACAUGAAAAAUGGAGAUGUUCAAGCAGCUCUUGCCGCAUUUCAGCACGCAACUGAGAACAAUGUGAUUUCUUGGACUGCGAUGAUUGGAGGGUAUGCGAGAAAUGGGCACGGAGAGCUGGCCCUUAGCUUCUUCGUUAACAUGAGAAGGAGCCUUCUCCAACCUGAUGAUUAUACAUUCGGUGCCAUCCUUCAUGCUUGUGCUAACUUAGCAGUCUUGGGACAUGGUAAAAUGGUCCAUGGUUGUGUAAUUCGCUUUGGUCUUCAUUCUUACAUGUAUGUGGGCAAUGGGUUGAUUAACAUGUAUGCCAAGUGUGGAGACAUGGAAGGAUGUAACCGAGCCUUUGGAGACAUUCUACGCAAGGAUUUGGUCUCUUGGAAUGCCAUGCUAUUCGGAUUCGGGCUACAUGGGCGAGCCCAUGAAGCAUUAAGGCUGUUCGAAGACAUGGUGGCAUCAGGUGUGGAACCGGAUAAGGUGACUUUCAUUGGCUUGUUGACAGUGUGUAGCCAUUCAGGGUUAGUCGAGCAAGGCCGGGUGCUCUUCGAAUCAAUGGAAUCGGUCUAUGGACUUGCACAUGAGGUGGACCAUGUGGCUUGCAUGAUUGAUAUGCUCGGCCGAGGUGGGUACUUGGAAGAAGCUAGUAAGCUUGUCGAGGAUAGUUCGGCAAUGCUUGGUGUGAACACUAAUUACUACGAGACAUUGCUUGGGGCAUGCAGUGUUCAUGGGGAUGUAAGGCUUGGGAAGAAGGUGGGGGAGGAUCUGAUGGCUAUGGAGCCAUUGAAGGAGAUGGGCUAUGUUCUGUUAUCUAACUUGUAUUGUGCUAGUGGGCAGUGGAAAGAAGCUGAGAGGGUGAGGAAGGCAAUGUCUGCAAAGGGUGUGAAGAAGGUGCCUGGUUAUAGUUGGAUUGAAGUAAGAAACAAUGUCAUGGUAUUUGUAGCUGGGGAUCUUUCACACCCUAUGAUGGAUGCUAUGUAUAUGAUACUAGAAUCUCUAGAAUCAGAAAUGAGAAAUCCAACUUUUCAUGGUUUUGAUGUGGAAUUAUAAUUCUUCCAUGUUAAGAUGAAAAUCAAACUCGGACUUAGAGCGUAUGUCUAGCCCUUGAUAGAGUGGAAUGGCAGAACAAGAUUUAUGCAUGUUAAAAUGAAAAUCAAACUCAAACUCGUGCUUAGAGCAUAUGUCUGGCCCUUGAUAGAGUGGAAUGGCAGAACAAGAUUCAUGCAGCACUCGACUGUCGAGUUGGUUUGUAAACUCAGUCAAGUCAAUGCGACUUGACUUGCACUGACUCGGGUGAGGAGAUUCGAGCACUAGACAUCUCCCAAAAGAGCAAUAUACUUAAUCGGUUGACCAAACAUGAAUUUUGUUGCCAGCUUUUGCCA